AUGCGAGAGCAGCUGGAGACAGCGACGUUCAAAAUGUUAGGAUGGAACGAUGGUGAUGAACACGUGCACCUGACAUAUGAAGUCGGAGGAAUGCCGUUUGCACACAACGACCUACUCUGCAACCGCCAAGGACUAAUAACGCCAGCAGGCGCGGAAAAAUUAAUUUCAGGUUCGCAGUGUCUCUACAAUGCCCCGAUCGAAAGCCAACUCGAAGACAUACAACCGAUAGGCGACGAACAGCGACGCGGAGCAGCAUGGAACGACCUAUGGUAUCGAGGCCGAAGAGAGCAAAACAUCGUCAGUAUAACGAAAGGACGCCUGUGA